CCCAGAAUAGAGAGGCCUGUCAUGAGUGUUAACAGCGUACGCUGCAGCGAAUAUUCGUUUUACAGGGCGGUUUGAGAAGUUUCAUUAAUAUUCAUGAGAGAAGCGCUACCCGAUUGGCCAGUGAAUGCCUUAGACAGAGUUCAGCAGCAAAUCAGGUAGCUUAUCUCAUGAAUGUUAAUGUAUUUCUGCAAACCACCCUGUGAAACGGCAGUUUGCUACGCUGCAGCACGGGAAGGCACGCUGCGCUUAUCAGAACAGUGAAACACAUCCAGCCGUGUUCCACACGUUGACGCCAGAAUGCCUCUGCCGAGACGACGAUCUUCUUACCUGGGCCAGCCGCCUCCCGGGGCCCAAGCCGAGCGGACGAGCAGCCUAGCUAGUACCUCUGUGCCUCGGGGUGUCUAUGUGGGCAUGGCACUGGCCGCAGGAGCAAGCAGCGGUCUGGGUACCCGGGUCUCACGGCGGGCAUUGGGCAUCAGUAGUGUCUUCCUGCAGGGUCUGCGUAGCUCCACCAUCCCUGUGCUACAUCCGGCCGGAGGGGCCACUCGACAGCUGCCCUCUGAGAGCCUCAACAGCUGCUUGCUGAAGUACCGGGACAAGGUGAGGGCCCUGGAGCAGCUCAACCGACAGCUAGAAGAGCAGAUCCGACACUGCCUGGACCGAAAGGUAUCCAGCCUCGGCAGCUGGGAUUCACUGCGGAGCGAGUGGGAGGACAUUUACGGACAGGUGACUGAGGCCAUUCUCAACAAUGCACGGCUCAUUCUGGAAACAGAGAACAAGCAGGCCAGUGCUGAAGACUUCAAGGACAGAUAUGAUCAUGAGCAGCCCUUCCACAAGGUGAUGGAGGAGGAGAUUAGCGCUUUGUACAAAGUGAUUGAUGAUGCCAACCUGGCCAAGAUGAACCUAGAAGCUCAGACUGAGAGCAUGAAAGAGGAGCUGAGCAACCUGGCCAGGAACCAUGAAGAGGACGUGAAAGUGUUGUACAAGCAGCUCAUGGGCAGUGAAGUGGAUGAGGCAAAGGCACCCAUCAAAACUUCUCUGGAUGAGAUCUUAGGAGACAUCCGUUCCCAUUGGGAGAAGGCCAUUGAGAAGAACUGGGCUGAGACUGACACCUACCUGCAAGACAAACAGGCUGAGAAGCUCAGCUGCCAAUUGAGCCAAGAGGAGCAGCAGCUAGAGAGCCUGAAGUCUGAGUGCAACAAUGCCAGCUGCAAGACGCAGAACCUGCGAGCUCAAACAGAGUCACUGAGGGCACUGAAGCGAGGCCUGGAGAAUUCCUUGAGCGACGCCAAGCAUUGGCACGGCAUUGAGCUGCAGAACCUCAGCUCAGUGAUCAGCAGGCUGGAAGCAGAGCUGGCUGAUGUCCACCGUGACAUCGAGCAGCAGAGAUGCGAAUACGAGACAUUGCUGAGCAACAAAAUGCGACUGGACUUAGAAAUGGGGACCUACCACGGCAUCCUGGAUGGGGAAGAGCGCCGCUACCAUCCCGAAAUGCUUGGUGGUGCCUCAGAAGACUCUGAAACGUGGGAAGCCUCCACUCCAGCCCCAGAGCCUCAGAUUCUUCUACAGGCUGCAGAGGCUUCUGGCUCUGCCAGCCAUCCACAGGAGGAGAGCUGAUGGGUGGGAUGAAGUGACACUGUGCUUCACAUCGAGCUGAGAAUGAGCUGCUCAUCACACACAUGCAAUAACCCUAAGGCCUAACUCCUAAUCCCUAAACCCUAAAUUUAACCCCCAACCCAAACCCUGUGCCACACAAGGGUCAGCUGCUGCUCUAGUGUUUUUACUGGAGUUACUUAAUUUCCUUGAAGUUUAAUAAAACUCUACCCUUUCUCACA